UGAAAACGGGAAGGAGGAAGAGAGAAAGAAAAGAGGCGAAGAAAGAAAGAGAAGAGACGUGAAAAGAAAGCGAGAGUAGGAAGCGAAAGAGAGAGAGGAAGAACAAUUAAGAGAACAUAAUUAGAGAAAGGGAGAGAAAGAAAGAAAGACAGAAAAAGAAAAAGAGAUAUACAGAGAGAGAGAGAGAGCAGAAGCUGUAAUUUGCCAAGAGUGAGUAAUCGUCAUCAACUUCCGCCGACACUGACUUCUUUCUACAAAUAAUAACAAAAACAAACCGUACGUUGUAAGAGAGACUUGUGUGGUGGAAACGGUGGCUAAAUACGAUCAGAAGAAGAAGAGGAACUGCAGUGUGUAUAUCUAUUCGACAUAGACCAUUUAAGAUGUGUUCCCGCAUUGGAAAUCUCAAAUGACACUAUGGCCUGUUCCUUUCAUCACUGUGGUAUUUUCUAAUGACAGGUUUCUGACAAAUAAAAGGUAAUUUGUUACCUUACCGUUCCUGCCUUCAAAACACUGCCAUGGGAAGCUGUUACAGCCAUCACAAUCCCUCCCUGAAAGUUAGCCAGCUUAGCAAUCGGGAUUCGUUUGAACAUUUGUUCAAAACAAACAGUGGGGAGCUGGUGUGGUCCUGCUCUUAUACAAAAUGGCUACAAGGUAUUAAAAAUGUUAGUGGCUUCACUGACAAGACUAACUUCAGCAGUUCCAGAGAUCCACAUCGACGGAAUGGUAUUCUUGUUAAACCUGAUAACACAGAUGGUCAGCAUUUCAGUGUGAAGUUACCUUCAAUGUUUGAAGCUGUAGUCUCCAACAAAACCGCCUCUUGUACAAACUCUGUAGUUAUCAAUGGGCUGAAUCCAUUUACCACUGCUACAACCACUAUGCCGGUCCGCUGCUGGGAUUCUUUGCCUGUCAUGUUCAAAGAGGCUUGUAUUAUUAGUUACCAUGACAACUUAGCUGUACUUCAACUGAACCCAUCCCGAGAAGAUCUCAUGGCUGUAUUCUAUGUAUUGGAUUUAACUCAUCAGUUGGCACUAGCCGAUUUCAGCAUUGCUUACUAUCUUCGGCGCUGGUAUGAAUGCUACAUAUCACCAAAAAAGAAAAGGAUUCUGUUGCGACCAGACCAUACCACUCGUGUUCUUGUAAUGCCAGACAAUUAUUUUCUACGCAAAAUGAGAGUUCACCCUUCAAAUGACAUUACUGUAAGUACUGUGUCACCGUCACUUCGUGCCAAGGUACUUACUUUUAAUGCCCAGGCUGGGGACAAUUGCAUUGUUGUGAGCUGGUGCCGGUGUAUCCAGGUACAACAUAUUGAAUCUGGAGAAAUUGUAAAAUCUGUCGAGGGACUUUUAUUACGAGCAGGUAUUCAACAAAUUCGCUCCAGUCAAUCAGGAGAUUUCCUUGCUGUACGCUGUGUCCAUCCUGUCCAUACAAAAGAAUACAAAGUAAAUGUUGUUGGAGUAAUAGACUAUCACAAGCUCGAAUUGCUAAUGACUAUCGAUGUAAAAGGUUGUUACUGGCCAUUUUCAGAUGUAGUUAAUCUACAAGUAUUUCCCCGUUUCUCACCCAGUGAAGCUUGCAUUGCUGUUAUGAAAAACUUACCUUACAAACGGCAGGUCUUCACAUAUAAACUGCCUAUCGUUCACCUCAACUUACAGUAUUUAUGUCGCCGAAGGAUUCUCCAUUUAGUUUCAUUAAAGGAUGUCAAACAUUUACCUCUCCCAAGUCGGCUUAUUGAGUACCUAACUUCUUAUAUUGAUGUGUGAGGAAGAUUUUUACCAAACAAGGUAGGGGUGUUGGCUCUACGCAAACCCAUGAUUAUCUCUGGGAAGAGGUGUUCUGUAUUAGUCCGACCUCUAUCCUUCGACCUGUCCAGCAUGGGAGGCCCUACUAGGAGCUUACACUCCACUGGCAUAGCUCCCAGAUCACACUGAGGCAUACAACCACCACUCCAUGUAGUGUCAUCAGGUUUCUGUUCACAUUAUUCACAGCUGCUAACAUAGUUUUUGGUAUACACCUACAAGAACGCUGAAUUCAGGAGUGUUUUGGUAUCAGCAAACUAUGGCAAUGGUUGGACAGAGACCAAACAUUAUACUGGAUCUGUAUAAGGAAAAUUUAAAGAAGACACUUGCCCAAGGUGCCACGCAGUGGGACUGAACCUGGAACCAUGUAGUUGGU